AUGGCAUCCACCCAAGAUGAAGACAUGUAUUUGUUCCAGGCUAGUCUCGACCAACCUCCCUCCUUUGCCGGCCAAGAUUUCGAUCUCUUCUUGACCUCUCCAGCCUCAGAAGCAGACCAACCGAAUUCCACAGACACUGGCUUUCUCAACCCGAACGAUCUGUCCAUAAAACGUGAAGUGGACAGCUUCAGUCCAUUUCCUGGCAAUGCCACGCUGGCCCGAUCACCCCGUGGGUCUGGGUCGGGAUCCAGCAGUUCUUCUUCCCAAUCCCCUGUGGAUCACAAUCGCACCACAUCUGCCGCUUCGACCGCCUCUCCCCCUGCCCACAAUGCUGUACAGGGAACUUGGAGUAGUGGGAUAAAUGGAUUUUCAAUUUCGUCUAACGAGCGACUCCUGGAGGACACGUCCAUGGCUUGCAUGGACCAUGACUUUGAGGCCAGCAAUCGGCAGAUGGCCUCUGAUUUCGAUUUCGACACUGCGGCGAGUACUCCCAGCGGAUUUGAUGUCAUCAAUGCCGGCGGUAUCAAGAGAUCUUUGGUUGCUCCACCCUUUAACCGGCCAAAUAACUUUGUCGCCUUUGGCAAACCGGUCUCGACCGGCCAAUUUCCCAGCGACACCCAGCGUCAGUUUUUCUUCCCAGGCUCUCGAGAGGCAUCACCCUUCAAUGCCAUGCUCUCUUCUGCCCAAGGCCAAUCUCCUUGGAGAAAACACUCACCUUCGUCAGGCCUAGAGGAGACCUUUAACCAUAUCACCAUGAAUGGCGACUCGCCUGGAAAUGCCACCCUUUCUCCUCCCAACUUGCAAUUUUCCACGGCCGGAUUCAGCUUCGACCCCGAGUCGAGCGCGACUCCAUCCACCUUCACCAAGGAUAUCUCUUCCCCCCCGUCCACGGUCAACUCCGCCGAAGGUGCUCCUGUCCUCACCGUACAUCCCACUUCCCUCAAAUCUCGCGUCGAAACCCAAAUUCCGAUCAGGCUGACUCUCUCGUCGCUUCCAUCUGGUGUUAGGAAGUUGAGGCUUCCGAGACACACCGUUUCCAAGCCUAAGUUCUUGGCCAAGCCUAAUGUGGAUCGGUCGGCAGAGAUUCUGGAGCUUCACACCUCUCUGGUCUGUACCAGUGCCAUGCAGGAUCCUCGCAAAUUGCAAAGAGCUUGGGCGCGUGCGAGAGGGGAAGAAUUGGCUCCUCAUGCCCGUCCCGGUCCCGGGUCAACCGACUCCACUAAUUCCAGGGACGAUGAGGACAAGCCAUUGAAUGGCGGCGAAGUACGUAUCUGCGCAGGCUGCAUCCAGCGUGAAAGGAAAAGGGCCUCAAGGAAGAAGCAAAAGAAACCCGAAGAGGAAGAACUAUUUCAAAAGGAUGAGGAAAGAAGGGUGGUCGUCUUCAACACCAAUGAGAUUAAAGAGUGGGUAGAGGUUCCUCGUGAUACGCAGACUGCGGCGCCGAAUGGUGUUGAAACCCAACCUGCCGCUUCACCCCCGGGAGCUAUGCAAGUCGAGCUUCCAAUGAGAAUUGCGUGUUACUGUCGCCACCAAAACGAGAAGAUGGGGUUCCAAGUCAUCUUCACCAUCAAUGACUAUCGAGACAAGGUUGUCGCUCAGGCCAUGACCAAUCCGAUCAUGAUUACUGACGACCAUAAAACCCACAAUGCUCCUGCAGCGGCAACAACAACAAACCCUCCGGCGUCAGUGCCGACACCAGGGCCAAAAUUGCCCGGUGCCGGCGUUUUCCCAACCUCAGGACCGGAGCAGCCUCAGAUGCACGGAGUCAAUCCCAAAAUGUUCAAGCAAUCCUUCUCCACGACCGAUUUGCACGGACUACAGCAUAAUUUCAAUCCCAAUUUCCCCAUGACUCCCGCGAGCAGUCCAUUUGCCAUAUCAUCGGCAAUAUCCAGUCAGACCUCGACUACCCUGGCCCCUAGAAAUCUUUCUAGACCCGUCUCUCCAAGUGGACUAUCCGGCCCCACGGCCAAGAGAAGAAAGCAAAGUGGUUCUGGCAAAUUGCCAUCCGGGUUGACAAUGACUCGCCUCGACACGUCGCAGGUGCCUCCUGGACCCGCGACAAUGCCGAACACAGCUGCUUCCUCACCCUAUGCUCCCAAUAUGGCAUCGUACAUGGGGCCUGCUGAUCGUCAAUUUGCAAUGCCUCCAUCGCGACCGGCCCCAUUUGGUACUAGUCCUCCUACACCCAACGGCAGUGACCCGUCUUUUGCCGCCAACAUCAACCGUUCUUUCAGUUUGGAAAAUCUCCCUCGACAGGCAAUGAUCUCUGCGCCACCAUCUCGCCAGCCCAGCAGACCUGGAAGUCCCGGCUCGGCCAGGAAUAGCUUCGGAACGGCAGAUGCCGCGUUCGGACAAGCCGUAUCUAAUCAGCUCACGGGACCACCAGUGCGACGGACACCUCCACUGAUACACAAGCUCGUGCCUGCGGAAGGGUCUGUCACCGGCGGCACGGAAGUCACUCUCCUCGGGAACGGUUUCUAUCAGGGUCUCGAAGUCAUGUUUGGCGAUACGGAGGCGACGACGACGACAUUCUGGGGCGAGAAAUGCUUAAACUGUAUUGCACCUCCAGCUCUACAACCCGGUGUCGUGGCCGUUGUUUUUAAGCACGACCAUCCGCAAUAUUCCACAAUACAGCAGCAGUCCCAAUCUCGACCCUCCCUUUUCACAUAUGUUGACGACCGAGAAUUGGAGAUGUUCCGUCUGGCAUUACGGGCACUUGGCAAACAGAUGCAGCACCCCACCGACGACCCUUACUUAGCGGCGCAGCAGUUACUUCAAGGGCAAUCCCAUUCGCUAUGGUCUUCUCACGGCAGUUAUGCGAUGAAUGGAGGGCAUCAACGAAGCACCGGCCCUCCCGGUGGGGAGGCUCCCGUUGACACACGCGAACUGGAUGCCACCAUGCUGCGUGUUCUAGAGCACAUGAAUGAUCAACAGCGAUAUAAGGUCCCCCGGUUUGACCUUCGCCGACCGUCUGGCCUGACACUCCUGCAUCUGGCCUCAUCCUUAGGUCUUGCUCGCUUUGUAGCGGGUUUGUUGUCUAGGGGAGCCGAUCCUAAUGUGGUUGACAACAAUGGUCAUACGCCGAUGCAUCAUGCGGCGAUGAAUGGAAAUACGCACGUCAUCCACCAACUUCGAUUAGCUGGCGCCGAUCCUAAGAUUCGCAGCAUUCGUCAUUUCACUCCUGCCGAUCUUGCAACAUCCUUGCUCGCUUACCAAGCGACGAUGAGUCCGAUCGAACACUAUCGGUCGCGCAGUGCCGGUGGAGACACACCGAGGCGACUGCACAGUCGAAGUUCAUCCUCCCUUCGGUCCUUCUGGGAUAAUGCUUCGAACCACUACCCUACUACAGAUACCGGCGAAUCAGAUGACUCUGACUCUGACCCUGACUCGAACGACCAGGACGAUGAGGACAACGACAACGACAAUAACAACAACGACGACGACGAAGAAACACCUACCAUGGCGUCGUCCGAAGACCUUGACUUCCCGCAGCCGUUGAAUCAAUCGAGUCUCAUGAAAGCCGGGGUCAGUAUGGAACAGUCGCGAAGGAAUAGUGUACCACACCCCGCCCCUCAAGCCUCAAUUUUACCGCAGGAGAGAGUCCCCGACGCAGCUCCCGCAGUGGCACGAUCGGCCUUCAUGCUGGCAUGGCGUGAUCAUUUGGUGGCUCAACUACAGCAAUUCAACGAGAGCGCCCAGUCCGUCAUGCCGAAUCUCGGCAAUUUAAAUGGGCCUAUAGCAGCGUUGCAGGAGUAUCAGGCAUAUCCCAUGGUUCGUCGCGUCAGCUCACUAUUUCCACAACGGCCGGGUUCGAGGCAACAACCUAGUCAACGAGAGAGAUCUUCACCCCCUGCGCCGCCCUCGUCCCCCCCGGCGUACGGAGACCUCUAUCCGGACAAUGAAGGCAGCUCGACUGCAUGGAGCGUCAAGAAGUCGUCUGCGCUGGUAGCAGCUACCGAUGCCGCAGCGGAUCUCCAUUUUGAAAGACAAUCAACCAACCAGUCGUCAGAGGCUCCUUCUUCCCCAAGUAUACCAGGUUUGUCGUUGAGGAAGCCAGUCGAAAGGGUUGAGUUGAGCCGAGAUCGGAAACUGUUCUUUUUCUGGGUAUGUAUCUGGGUCCUGAGCUCUUUGGACUCGGUACAGGCACUGACUUCUUCAGAUCCCCCUCCUAGCAAUUGUUCUGGCAUUGAUGAUCAGAAACUCAGGUAUAUUUAG